CGGGAACGAGCAGGCGGGCGGCCGCCAUUUUAGUGAUCGGUAGCCGGGCGGCGGUGGCAGCAGCAUGAAUCCCGUCAGGUGUAGACUCUCCGCCUUGAUAACUUGCCUCCUACUCAGCCUUCCCAUCGUCGCGUCCGCCGGCAAAGUUAACAAGCACAAGCCAUGGAUAGAAACUACAUAUCAUGGUAUUGUUACAGAAAAUGAUGUCUCAGUCUUGCUGGAUCCUCCACUAAUUGCCUUGGAUAAAGAUGCACCUCUACAUUAUGCAGAGAGGUAUGAGGUGACAUUCACCAAACAAGGUGAGAUUUGUGGAUUUAGAAUUCAUGGACAGAAUGUACCAUUUGAAGCUGUGGUGGUUGAUAAAACCACCGGUGAAGGUGUCAUACGUUCAAAAGAGAAGAUGGACUGUGAGUUACAGAAAGAGUAUACCUUUACUAUCCAGGCAUAUGACUGUGGAGAGGAUCCCGAUGGAGGAAAUAUGAAGAAGUCCCAUAAGGCCAAUGUUCAUAUCCAGGUGAAUGACAUAAAUGAGUACGCCCCAGUUUUCAAAGAGAAGUCUUACAAAGCCACAAUCAUUGAAGGAAAGAAGUAUGAUAGCAUCUUGAGAGUGGAAGCAAUCGAUGCAGACUGUUCACCUCAGUUCAGCCAGAUCUGCAGUUACGAAAUUGUUACUCCUGAUGUGCCAUUCACUAUUGAUAAAGAUGGGUAUAUUAAAAACUCUGAGAAGAUUAACUACAGCAAAGACCGGCAGUAUAAGCUUGCAGUAACGGCUUAUGACUGUGGGAAGAAGCGUUCGACAGAAGAUGUUCUUGUUAAGAUCAGCAUUAAACCCACAUGCAAACCUGGCUGGCAAGGUUGGAGCAAACGAAUUGAAUAUGAACCUGGCACUGGAAGUUUGGCAUUGUUUCCAGCUAUACAUCUGGAAACCUGUGAUGAACCUAUUACAUCGAUCCAGACAACUGUUGAAUUAGAAACGAGCCAUAUCGGAAAAGGAUGCGACAGGGACACUUAUUCUGAAAAAUCACUCCACAAACUUUGUGGUGCUGUUUCCGGAACAGUUGAUCUCCUUCCCUCACCAAGUAGCAGUACAAAUUGGACCGUUGGUCUUCCUACUGACAAUGGCCAUGAUAGUGAUCAGGUCUUUGAAUUCAAUGGCACACAAGCUGUGAAAAUCCCAGAAGGUGUUUUGACGACCAAUCUACAGGAACCAUUUACAAUUUCUGUGUGGAUGCGCCAUGGGCCUGGUUCCAGUAUUCAUGGGGACAAGGAAACUGUUCUUUGCAACUCUGAUAAAGCAGAGAUGAAUCGUCAUCACUACUCCCUUUAUGUGCACAACUGUCGUCUGGUUUUCCUCUUCCGUCAAAACCCUUCUGAAAAUGAGAACUUCCAUCCAGCAGAGUUCCAUUGGAAACUGGAUCAGGUGUGCGAUAAAGAAUGGCAUCACUAUGUGCUAAACGUUGACAUCCCUACUGUGGCCCUAUAUGUGGAUGGGGUAUCAUAUGAUCCAUUCCUAGUCACUGAAGACUAUCCUCUCCACCAUUCAAAGAUUGAUACUCAGUUGGUGGUAGGAGCAUGUUGGCAAGAAUAUACAGGAAGCGAAAAUGAAACUGUGACUGAAGCCUAUCCAGGUGGUGAACUUCGCAUGACUCAGUUCUUUCUUGGCAAUUUAGCUGGUUUGAUGAUUCGAGCUGGCAAACUUGAGAGUAAAAAGGUGAUUGACUGCUUGUACACCUGUAAAGAAGGACUGGAUCUCUUGGAUUCUGGGAAUGGUUACAAAGGUGUGAUGAUUCACUUCAAUCCCACCCAAUCACUCCUUAGCAUGGAAGGGGAUGAUAUUGAAAGCUUCGACAAGAGUAUGCAGCAUGUAUCAUAUCUCAAUUCUAGGCAGUUUCCAACACCUGGAAUUAGAAGAUUGAAAAUCAGCACAACUGUGAAGUGCUUCAAUGAAGAGACUUGCAUCGCUGUCCCAGAUGUGGAGGGCUAUGUAAUGGUGCUUCAGCCUGAUGAACCAAAGAUAAGCCUGAGUGGGAUUGAUCACUUUGCACGUGCUGCCUCUGAAUUUGAAAGUAACAAUGGUGUUCCACUGUUCCCAGAGCUGAAAAUCGUUAGCACCAUCACAAGAGAAGUGGAACCAGAGGGAGAGGAUGAAGAUGAGCCUACAGUCCAAGAAUCUAUGGUAUCUGAGGAGAUAAUGCACAAUUUGGAUACGUGUGAAGUCUCUGUUCUUGGAGAUGAGCUGAAUGCAGAACAGGAAAGCUUUGAAGUUGAUCCAUCUCAGCUCCAGCAAAGGGGAAUGGAGAUGAGCAACUCAUCCACUGGUUUGAUAAUCACAGGUGUGAAUACAAUGGCAAAUUAUGAAGAGAUGCUGCAUUUGAUCCGUUACCGAAACUGGAACAGCGAGUCACUGUUUGAAAGGAAGUUUAAAAUUGUUUGCUCAGAGUUGAAUGGACGCUAUGCCAGUAAUGAAUUCAAAGUUGAGGUAAACGUAAUUCACACUGCUAAUCCGGUGGAGUACCCCAACCAUGUAUUGGCACAGCCGGAAUUUGUACGCCCAGUUCAGCAUGCUUCUGUCGACUUGUCUGGCCACAAUCUGGCAAAUCCUCAUUCAUCCUCAGUUGUUCCUAGUGCAGCAACAGUUGUCAUUGUGGUUUGCGUCAGCUUCCUUGUCUUCAUGAUAAUCCUUGGCGUUUUCCGAAUCCGAGCCGCACAUCAGCGGACUAUGCGGGAUCAAGAGAAUGGGAAAGAGAAUGAGAUGGAUUGGGAUGAUUCAGCCUUGACAAUUACAGUAAAUCCUAUGGAGACCUAUGAGGACCAACAUAGUAGUGAGGAGGAAGAGGAGGAAGAGGAGGAAGAAAGUGAAGAAGGUGAUGAGGAAGAUGACAUUACCAGUGCAGAAUCUGAAAGUAGUGAGGAAGAAGAAGGUCAGCAGGAAGACCAGCAGAAUGUUAACAGACAGCAGCAACUCGAAUGGGAUGACUCGACUCUUACCUAUUGAUUUCCCUGCUGUUGCUUUGUGCUUUUGGAGACUUUGUUGCUCACUCCAUCUGACCUAAGGAACCAUCUUGCACUUUUUUCUUGUCAUCUGAUGAGUGACUUUAGCUAGACAAUACACACAAUUUUCAGGACUGUCCCCUUUGCUCUAAGAGGCAGCUUUGCUAUUUUCUGUUUCCAUUGAAAAGAGAAAUUGCAUUGAGUAGCGUUUAAAGUUGCUUGGUUUUGGCCUGGUCAUAAAUUUUUUUCUCGUGCAUGUGGAAAAAAAUUGCAGAAAAGGUCGAUUUACGUAGAGAAAUAACAAGAUUUUUAAUAUUUUGUAAAUAUAUUGAAAUUAUGUAAUUAAUGUCUUUGUGGUAGUGAAAACAGGGAUUGGCCAAAUGAAUUGGGAAAGCAGAAAUUUAAAGAGACAGUUUGAUAAAGUCAUCCUUACUGAUGCCACAUGGAGUUGUACUGCUGCAGUAUACAUUUCAAUGUGUUCAAAUGUUAAACUAAAUUGAGAUUAUUGGAGCAAUUUUAACUGCUCAACCAGCACAAACCAAUAUUUAGGUUUUAAAUGCACUGUGCUGUUUGGCAUAGAACUCCUUGCUCAUUAAAUGUCUUCUACUUAAAAGGAAGGUAAAGAUUAACCAGAAUGGAGAAUUAGCCACUGCUGAGUAAAAGUUAAUUACAUUGGGUGACUGGGCUAUCAGAAAGCAGAUCCUGUACAGACCAAGCAAAUCUAAUACUGUCUUUUUAAAUUGAAUGCUGUAUGAUGGGGAGAGAUGGAUUCAAUAAACUUGAGGCUUUCUUUGUGAACCAACCCUGUUGGAACAUGCACAUUUCAAAUAACUAUCAAUAGUUCCUGUACAUUGAAUUGUACUGUAGUUUUAAACUAUUUGUUUACAUUUAGUAAACUUUGGUUUCUCCUGGUAAUAUUGUAGUUGGAAUUGUACAAAGAAAUUGGCUCAUUUGUGAAUCAUGUGUUUGGUUUUAAAACAGUUCUCUGCCUCCAUGUUUUUAAAUGAAUUUUUAAUUGAUAUGAAAGUGUUUGCCAGAAAGGUGCUAAAAUAUGCAGCUUCGGUGAGAUGUACAUAGCAGACCUGACUGAAGAAAGGAGGAGAAAUUGAAAAGGAUCUCUGAGAAUUUUCAAAAUUAUUGGCAGGAUUAUAACAGAUGAAAAAUUUGAGAACUUUUGUGACUGAGGUAGUGUGUAGUGAAUACAAGGCAUUAGAUUAAUUUGGCUUCUCAAGAAAACUGAUGUAAUGGACUAAUGUGUGAUUUUGUCCUUUUGUCAUCCCUGAAUUACUUAGUGUUGGAAAAAGUCUUGCACAACUUCAAAGUUUUAAGCAUUGCAACAUUGCUACAGUUUUACAUCCUGAAUCCAGGAGUGUUGACUGUCACUUCAAAUAGGGAUAUCCAAUGGCAUUUCAGUACCUAAAAGAAAGAAGGGGAAGUGAAAUUUGUAGGUUUGCGUUACUUAGGAGUAAACCUUGGAAACCGGAAGUUCAAAUGUGGUUAAGCAUUGCUUAUGGUAUCAAAACGACAGGAAGAGGCUGCCCUCUGUCUGGUACAGUUCUUAGCUGCUUUGUGAAUGCCAGUAUCAGUAAUUUGUACUGAUAUUUAUCACCAAAAUUCAGAUAUUAUACUGGCUAAACUGUUCCUCUCUGCAAAUUAGCUUUCCACAAAUGUUUUGGGUUUUCCAAGAGGUCUGGCUGGUGUAGUGGUGAAAAGGAUAGUGACUAAUAUUUUGUAGAAUUGGCCUGUUAUUGGAGAGAGAAAAAAAACUGCUACUGGUGGAAAAUUGGAAACAUUGUAUACAAAGCAUUAUAUUCCAGAGUUGGCCUAGAGUAUUUAUGCUACUGGUGGAAAAUAUGUUUGGACAGUACUGAAUUAGUCACUUGUUAAAGAUUGAAAAUGAGAUUUCUACUGAAGUCCAUGUGGAUGCAAGGUUUUUGUUUAAAUGCAAGUUAAGAAUGUAGAGCUUUGUACAAAAUGCAAUUUUGUUAGGAUUUUUGUAAAUCCUUUACAGACGUAUAGCAUCUAGUCGCUGUGGCCACAGUCAUCCCUUGAAACCAGGUCUGUUUUUCUUGCUUCUCCCAUUCUUUGGAUUAGGAUCUGUUCCUGGGGCAGAAACAGUAAUAUGAACUGGAUUGAGAUGAGCUGGUUGGGAGUGCCUUGAUUUUUGCAAUUAGCAUAAUUAAUGAUGUACAUCUAGGAAGUGGAAUAGUCAAAAUGUUUUGUAACUUUAAAUUGUAGAUUGCCUAACAGUGGGGAAAUAUGGUUUUACUUGUUUUUUUGUCAAGUUUAAACAAGUGAUAGUUUUUUUUCAAAGUUGGAAAAGUAUAAAUCUUAUGUUUAAAGUAUUUGUCUGACAUAGAUGUUUUGUGUUCAUGUUGUGUAUGAGACUUGAAGUCUAUCCAUAUAUUGUCAUCGUAGAUAAUGUAUUAGACUUAAAGGCUAUCAUGUUAAAAGCUAACCAAGGUGUAAUCAUGUUAUUACUUGUAUGUAGCCAAUAUGGGUAUUACCUACAGAGCUGUAUGAUAGACAAGUAUGAACAGUCCUUGAGCUACAAUAAAUUUCCAGCUGUAAACACUACAAUAUUGUCCAGCAUGUUUUAAUGAGUUCUGUUGUAUGUGGUUUCUUGAGGUGAUCACAGUUGCUGCCCGUUGCACUGCAGUGUCAAAAUAAAAGAACCUUUAAAACCA